CAACUUUUCAUGUUUCCGGACAAACUUCGAAACACCUACGCAAACCGAGCAACACACCUUCUUUGGUAACCUUGUAGCAUAUUACUCUGAUAGUAUGGCUAAAACGCAACGCGUGGCCAAACUCCAGGCCCGCAAGACCAUGUCGGAGCUCACAAACAGCAACGCAGCGAGCUUGAAGAUGAAGAUGGCGAACGCUGCGGACCCGGAGAGCGAUCACUCCCGUUCGAUUGCCCGAGGAGGUGUGGCUUGUCCGUUCAAUUGGCGCUUGCAUGACAUGCUGGAUGCGGUUGAGAAUGAAGAUCUUACCAGUAUUGUAUCCUGGCAACCCCAUGGGCGCUCGUUCACAGUCUACAAGCCGAAGGAAUUCGUAGACAAGGUAAUGACGAGAUUCUUCAGCCAGUCCAAGUACGCUUCGUUUCAGCGGCAGCUCAAUCUUUACGGGUUUUCCCGUUUGUCCCACGGACCGGACAAAGGCGCCUAUUUUCACUAUUGCUUUGUCCGCGGAGACCGUGAGAAAGUCCGUGGUAUGGUCCGCCGCAAGAUCAAGGGCAACAAAGUUCGUCGUGCUCUCACCGUGGAAGAGGAGCCCGACUUCUAUGAUUCCGUCUGGCACAGGGCGGAACACCGAGGUUUGGCCCCUAUCGCCUCGAUUUCGCCAGAACCACCUUGCUUGGAGACGACUACGAGUCCGUCUACCAAGCCGGAAAAGCCUGUUCUUCUUCCCAAGCCGGCGAAUACCUGGGAGGCUUUCGAAGAAGUGAACGACCAUGACUUAAUGCUCUUCGCGGGAACAAGCAAGCUUCUGGACGAUGAUCUUUUAUUGGAUAAUGUCCUUUUGGGUUCCCCCUACGUUCAAGGAAGUCGCUAUGCGGAAGGAGUGAUCAACAGGGUGACCUCCUCCACAACCUUGUCCCUGGACUAUCUCUGCAGCGUUUAAGUCGCGUGUGUUGCUUUGCUAGUUUUCUGUGUAAGUCCCACGAGAGAUAUCUCGAUUGGGCCAUCCUCCUCUGGGGGUGCUACAUGUAAGAAGCGAAAAUCUGCAUGUCAAAAAUUGUGUGUUACAAAGACCCACGAGGUAUGUCUUCCUCGCUUGGGCUGCCCGGCAACGAAACCGCGCACUAAACUUUAGAUCUGAUAUAUAAACGCUAAGUUAAAUCGUGUUGUGUACCC